AUGACUAUACACGAAUAUUUUACUCGAGCGUAUACCGAAUGGAACAUAAUAAACUUUCUAAACCAAUGUAACGAAGAGCCAUUCCGGCUAAAAGUAGAUUUAUACCUAAGAAGUCUUGAAAAUAUUAUUAACUGUGAAAAAGGAAAAAGGAAGGAAAAAGCACAGUUUCUUCUUGAUAAAUAUAAAAGCUCAAUUAGUCGAGCCACAAGCCAGCGUUGGGACACAGGUGACCAAUUAGCUUGCCUGAUGUUUCAAGUCUACAAGCCGAGCCAGCGUUGGACCCAUCGACACAGGCAACCUACAAGCUUGGCUGAUUUCUUCCAUUGCCAGGGUACCCAACCCGAUUAUAAACUCGCAAGAAAGUGGAAUGAUGAACGCGCAAACAAGCAGAUCCAUUUUCACCAGCCGACAUUCACAAGCGGUGGAACUAACAACAUUAAUAUAAGUGGGAUUACUAAUGGCGGAACUUUCGUUACAAAGAGGGAUCAUGAAGAGAAUAAAGAAGAUCAAGAUCAAAAACAUGUCAAACGGACAAAACUAGCGCUUCAACUUCGUGGCUACAUUCCCCUUUCUCGUUCCUCUUCAGAUGUCGUCACACCUCCACCACUACCUUCACGACUAGGUGGCAAUGCUCCUAUUGGCUAUUUCGGAAUUCACGCUUUUCCUCCAUAUGACUCUUUACAAGUUCAAUCUAGCAGUCUUGAAGAUGACAGUGAUUUAUCUGUGAAUGAGAAUCCAUCAGUCGAGGUUCAACACCUUAUCUCAAAAAUGGAAAACGUGAAAUAUCGUCUUUUUGAAUACAGUAUUGUCAACCUCUCCGAAAAAAAUCUCGUAGACCCAGUAAAUAAUGUCUUUUCAGAUGACGAUAAAAAAAGAAUGAGGAAAUUCUGGGAAGAUAUGGAACCAUCAACUGAAGAAAAGUUGAAUACAGUGCGAAAAUCGAAAUGGGAAAAGAGCAUUAAGCCACUGGUUGACAAGUAUGCAUCUGCCAUUGAAAUUAAGUCUGCUUUUGAUGACGAAAUUCAGACACUAUCAUCAGAAGUUAUUUUUGAGAAGCCGUUCGAGGGCAAGUUUGACUUUAGAACACAGUAUGAUCUAUUAUGGGUACAGGACAUUUAUCGACGAUUUGUGCUCUUGUUUGCCUCAUGUUUCAAUAUACUUCGUGAUGCGACUAUGUCAGAGAUAGCCUACAGAGAAUCAUUUGUUAAUCCCAUAAUUCCCAAGGCAUUCGACGAUAUGAAAGACAAGAUUGGGUUUCAAACUGGAGAGAUAGAGAGCACAUUGCGUAAAGAACAUCGAAAUCAGACCAAUGACCAAAAACCUCGGAUAUUGCUUGGUUCAAAUUAUGAUGGGAUUCUAAAAUUUUACGUGAAUGCAAAUGAAAUAGAGAUUGGAUUUUUAGAAGUUGUAGGGAAUGCGACGAUUGUGGAUCUUAAAAAAUAUCGCGAAGAUAAGGAGAAAUUAUUAAAGGCGAUGCAGUUGUCGAUCUUUUAUCAACGACAGCACCACUUACGUCGUAAUGCUCCAGAAGAACAGCUUAAAUGCCUUCAAAGUUUUGAGCGUGAGACAACAAUUUACACAAUGCAUCGUGUUAAAGGAGGUUUGCAUGUUGUUGAUAUCCUCUCCAAUUUCACGAUUCCGGACAGCAAAAGCCAGUUAUAUGUACUAGAUGAAAUAGUUAGAAAAGCUUAUUUUUUUAAAGUAGGAAUACAAGAAAUUUCAAAAAAGGCACAACAAUACACUCCAUCAAAUGAAAAUCCGUUAGAAGCAUCACCAUCGAAAAGCACUAGUAUGCGAUAG